AACAGCACGUACUACUCCAAACUCGCAUCAUGUCCUUUGAUAGAAUUGCAAAUUCGCGGUUUGGGAUAAAGCUACUAACGAUUCUUGGGCUCUGGUCCGCGGCUCGUAAUAGUUCUACGUUUUUCGGACGAUAUUACCGGUAUUACCAAUUCGUAUUGAAUACCACGAUGACAUUUACCUUCACGCUGCUCUUGUGGAUGGAAAUCAUACUUAGUGGAGAUGUUGACUAUGUGUUCCAAUGGAUGAGGCUCGCAAUCACUGAAACUUGUCUCAUCGUUAAAGUUCUCAACAUUUGGUACCAUGCACAAACGGCUAAUGAGUUGCUUCAAGAAUGGGACAAAAGUGAUAUGUUUGCUUUAAAGACGCUUGAGGAACAAAAGAUGUGGCAGGGCGCUCAACGAUACUUCCGAAAGGUUGUAGCAGUCUAUUCGCUUCUCAGUAUUUGCUCGGUGUUUAUGGCUUUGUUCUCCGUUUUCUUCAUGGACACACUUGCACUGCCCAUCCCAUACUGGAUGCCAGCAUCAUGGCGCGGAAGUAACGCGUGGCCUCUAUUCUUGUACGAAGAUAUAGUCGUGCCGUUCAGUUGCUUAUGCAACACCCAAAUCGAAUUUUUUUUGUGUUAUUUAAUGUUCCAUUUAACUCUUUGUCUGCGCAUGAUUGGCAUACGGAUGGAGCGAUUGGGUGAUCAAGUGAACGAUGUGGAGAUCACCACUGAACUUGAAAACAUAAUAAAAAUUCAUCAAAGAAUUGAGGGUAUGGCCAAAAGUUGUCAGAAAAUCAUAAUGUGGCCUGUGCUGGCGCAGAUUAUAUUCAGUUCUCUCAUCAUUUGCUGCUCUAUUUACUCUAUACAACGAAUAAGCUUUAGUGAGAAUCCAUCUAAUUUUUUGGGCUUUAUACAAUAUGUCGUGGCUAUGGCUUUGGAAAUAUUUCUACCAUGUUAUUAUGCCAACGAAAUAACCGUAGAAUCAGAGAAUUUGAGCAACCAUCUCUACAACUGCGAUUGGACUGUGAUGUCUCUAUAUAACCGUCGUCAAAUUUUUCUUUACAUGGAGCAUUUAAAACAGCCCAUAACUUUGUAUGCGGGCAACUAUUUUCAAAUUGGGUUGCCGGUUUUUUCGAAGACUAUGAACAAUGCCUACAGUCUCCUAGCUCUGCUGGCCAAUGUCAAUGAAGAAGAGUGAGAAUAUAAUUGAAUCGCAUAAUCACCAUGGAAGACACUUAUGAUCUAAUGGGAGUCAAAUAAAUAAUUUUAGCUUAAAUAGAAAAA